GCACAUCAGUUUAGCAUGGCAGAAGCUCAAGUUAUGACCACUACACAACUUUUUGCACUGAUUUUCGCUCGGCGACGGGUCGGUGCUGGAUUCGGGAGGAACUCGGUGUUCGCUCUGCGAUCAAAACUCGGCUCUCAAUCAAUGUGUGAAACAGCGAGGGGAAACACAGGGGAGAGGUUGGAAACAGGUGGUGGAGCGCAAUAUAGUUUCUAUCAGAAUACAUCAGCACACGCAUUAUCAAAAUCCCCGAAAAGAGGUACAACCUUGCGUUCACUUGAAAAUGUCGAUGUCUUGGAUGGGGCAAAAACCUGUCUUAAGGAGUGCACAAAUGUCUCAGUUUCCCCCUUAACAAUCCCAGAGACACCUGAGAGUGAUAAAAGACAUCGCUACCAAGAACACCCAUGUACCGAGAGUUCCAGCUCCCCAGUGUCCCGCAGCCCGCACUCCAGAAGCUUCAGCUGCAGGACCAACUUACUGGCCAGCAGAUCACUACAGCCACAGGACAAGACAAGCCCCAAAUCAGGAGACACUUUUCAAGAUGAGAAAAAUGCCGGUCAUUUUGGCUCUGUAAAAAGGUUAAUGGAGAAUUCUGAGACCAUCCAUAAAGCUAAGCGCCCCAGAACUGCACUGUUAGAGAGAGAUUCAGAAAAAGAAACCAAAGGGACAAUGAACUCACUCAGGGACGAGAUAAACACAUUCAUUCAUGUGACUAGUGAAUCAGAUUUUGAAUAUGUGCCAAAAAGCCAUUUAAAGAACCAAGAGACAAAAUCUGGAAAGGUCGAGAAAAGUCUUCUUUGGAAGAGCAGCUCAGUUCCACCAAUGACUGAUAAAGUUCUGGGUGUUGAUGCCACUUCCUCAAGAAAAAACCUAUCAUGUGCAGGUCAUAAAACCAGCGGAGAUGAGAAGGAAAACGCAGAUCCUCAUAUUUCAGAGCUGAAAACAGUCAUGGCACAAAAUUGUAAUGAUAAUCAGUCUGACCUUGUGGUGUCGUACGGUUCAUGGAUGUGUAACAAUGAUGUAAAAAAGGAGGAGAGUGUUCUCAGUUGUCCAGUCAGUGACGAGAAAUCUGACCAAAUGAACAAUGGAAAAGCAAUUCUGGCUUCAGAGGAGAACUUCAGCAUUCUGGAUGACAGCUGGUUUGAUGACGGAAUGGAAUUUUUUGAUGAACCAAAACACAAGAAGUUCAAACAUGAAAAGACGUUAAGCAUUCCUGAUUUUGUUAUUCUGGCAUCUGGACUUCAUAAUCGGUACUGGGUUCUAGAUGUGCAAGAAACCACUGGACCUGAAGGUUACGAUGAGAAGCAUUUGACCAUCACCUGCUCAAAAACAAUGGAGCCUUCUGAAACGUGCAUUCUAAAGAAUGGCUGGGAAACCAUGGCAGUUGCUGUUGGGGACGUUAUCCAUUUGGAAGGGGAGUGUGUUUCUGGUACGUGGGUGAUUGACAGGAACUCUGGAUUCAUCGUGCUGCUACCUGAUGUGCUUAUUUCUGGAACCAGCAUUGCCAGCAGUAUCCGCUGCAUGAGACGCGCUGUACUUGGAGAGAUGUUUAAGAACUUGGACAGUGGCAGCAAGCAGAUGCUAAAUGGGACCAUAGUUCAUGACAUCUUCCAAAAAGCUGCAAUGUCACUAGACUUCUCAUCAGAGAAUCUCAAGAAACUUGCUACUGAAGCAUUGCUCAGUCACAACUACCUCGGGCAAAUGUACAGUUUGAAGCUGACUCAGGCAGACAUCAAACAUGAGGUGGAGGAAUAUCUUCCUGCUUUGGCUGGAUGGGCUAAAGACUAUCUCCACACCUCAUCACAAGCCGGGCAGAAACAGUUGACUCUGAAACUUCCCAGUGAUGGAACGAUGAGCCGUCAGGACUCGGCCUGCAGUGUCACAGUCACUAACUUUGUGGACAUUGAGGAGAACAUCUGGUCUCCGAGGUUCGGACUGAAGGGGAAAAUUGAUGUGACCGCAGGCGUGAGAAUUCACCGGCGAGGCAGGAGGCCAGUUGAUAAGACUGUAGCGUUGGAGCUAAAGACGGGCAAGGAGUCAAACUCUGUUGAGCAUCGUAGCCAGGUUAUCCUGUAUACUCUCAUGAGCUUAGAAAGACGGGCAGAUGCUGAGGCUGGAUUUCUUCUAUACCUAAAAACUGGCAAUCUACACCCUAUAGUGGGCCAACAUAUGGAUCGAAGAGAGCUCAUCAAGCUGAGGAACACUCUGGUUCAUCAUCUUGGCAACACCCUCAUCAAGGUGGAUGGCAAAAGCCAAAUGUCACAUUUGCCUCCUGUCAUCUCAGACCAGCAAGCCUGCAAGUACUGCCCUCAGAAGAGAAACUGUGCACUUUACAACAGAGCUGUGGAGAGGGCUCCUGGUGCUAGUCCUUCUGAGGAUCCUCAGGCGUUUCUUCAGCUGGAAAGCGAACAUCUAAACCAGCUCCAUCUGCAGUACUUCACUCAUUGGCUUCUUCUCUGUAGUCUGGAGGCUGUCACCAUGGAAAGGAAGGGGGGACGCCGCAACAUCUGGCUGCAGACCGCUCAGGAGAGGGAGAAGAAUGGUGGCUGUGUGGGAAACAUGGUGUUGACAGGCUGUGUCACUGUUCUCUCUGAUAGUGUUUAUGUUCACCACUUCAAGCGCAAACAAGGAGAACAUGCUCUCAUCACACUCCUCGUCGGUGACAGGGUUGUGAUCAGUGAUCAGGAACGCAGGUUUAUUGGUUUAGCUACUGGAUAUAUCAAGGAGAUAACUGACAGAGGAGUGAUAUGCUCUUUGGAUAGGAAUCUCUCCAAGUAUUCCUCAGAUUUGGUGUUUCGGCUGGAUCAAGAUGAGGGUGUCGGAGGCUUAAGCACUCACCUGACGAACCUCUCGCUACUGAUGGACAAAACCCCCACCAGUGAGAGGUUGAGGCAGCUGAUCGUGGACUUUAGGCCUCCAAAGUUUAUCGAUAGUCUCAGCAGUGUACUACCUCGGGAUGCCAAGGACAUCGUAGCCAACAUUCUUAAAGGGCUCAAUAAACCUCAAAAACAAGCAAUGAAAAAGGUGCUUCUUUGCAAAGACUACACACUUAUUGUUGGAAUGCCUGGAACUGGGAAAACUACAACAAUUUGCACACUGGUGCGAAUUCUGCAUGCAUGUGGCUUCAGUGUGCUCUUGACCAGCUACACUCACUCAGCUGUGGACAACAUUCUGCUCAAGCUGAAGAAAUUUAAGAUCGGCUUCCUGCGACUUGGUCGAACGCAGAAGGUACACCGUGAUAUCCUCCCCUUUACCGAGGAGCAGAGUUUAACCAGGGGCAUCAACAACCUCGAGCAACUGGAGGAUCUUUACAACAAAGAGCUUGUUGUAGCCACCACAUGUAUGGGUGUAAAACAUCCGAUCUUCAGCCGACGGCGCUUUGAUUUCUGCAUUGUGGAUGAGGCAUCACAGAUUAGCCAGCCUGUAUGUCUGGGACCGCUUUUCUAUGCCCAGCGCUUUGUUUUGGUAGGAGAUCACCAGCAACUGCCUCCCAUUGUCCAAAAUGCUGAAGCCAGAUCUUUGGGCAUGGAUGAGAGCUUGUUUAAGCGUCUAGAGCACCACAGUGAGGCUGUAGUUCAACUCAAUGUACAAUACAGGAUGAACAGUGUGAUCAUGUCCCUGAGCAAUGCCCUGAUGUACGAAGGCAAGCUGGAGUGCGGCUCAGAACGGACAGCCAGUGCUCUGCUGAAUCUGCCCUGCAUGUCAGCACUAAUGAAGGAGCUGGAGCUGUGUAUGUGUCAGCCUCAAUACAUCAGCUGGGUCCAAGCUGCACUGGAGCCCCAGAAUCCUGUCUGCUUACUGGACACUUCAGAGGUUCCAGCAGCAGAGACUGUGGAGAAAGGAGGAAUCAGCAAUCAAACCGAAGCACUGUUGGUGCAUGCUCUUGUUAACCUUCUUCUCAAGGGUGGCUGCAGAGCGAACGAUAUCGGCGUCAUUGCUCCUUACCGACAGCAGCUCAAGGCCAUCUCCACUCUGCUCGAUGGAGAAGCUUUCAGAGAUGUGGAAGUGAACACUGUGGAUAAGUACCAGGGACGAGACAAGAGUGUUAUCAUCGUGUCCUUCGUCAGGAGUAACUCGGAAGGCAAUCUUGGAGAGUUGCUGAAAGACUGGCGAAGGUUGAACGUGGCCAUCACCAGAGCUAAACACAAGCUUCUGAUGCUGGGCUCAGUACCAACAUUGCGCCUCUAUGAACCACUUGAGAAACUUCUGACCUACAUGCAGCAGGAGAACAUGAUUUACCAGCUUCCACCUGCUGCUCAUGAGGCUCUACCUACAAUCAACCUGUAA